AUGGAAAUUUCAAACCAGUGGACUUACUUGGAUCUCAAGCAAUCCCAGAAAAUGGAAAUUUCUUCUUUCAUUCUUAUGUACCACGUCAUAUCGCAAAUAAAGAUCGCAGACGAGAUGAUGACCGAAGAAGCUGAAGACUUGAUCAGCAAUCUACCAGUUGUGAUCCGCCAACGCAUACUCUGCUUUGUUCCUAUUGAAUUAGCCAUCAAAACAUCCCUCUUGUCAAAACGAUGGAGACACGUAUGGUGCGACAUACCUUCUCUCUCCCUAAAGGCCAACACCCUGACGGCAGAUUCGAUAAACAAAACCCUAGCUCGCUACACAGCUCCCAAGAUGAAGAGCUUUCACCUCCUAAUAUCACCAAUCAAAAAGAACAUACCAUACAUCGACACGUGGAUCAAGUUCGCCAUGUCACGCAACGUUGAGAAUCUAUCCCUUGAUGUUCGUAGACCGUAUUAUGAAGAGUAUAAGCUUCCUGAUUUCUUCUACAACAGUUCCUCUUUCAAACAGCUCAACAUUAAGUUCACUCAUAAGAUGGUUAUGGAGUGCCGAUAUGGGUCUUCUUGGGUAUCGUUGCAGAAGUUAUCAUUGAGUUUUUGUAGUCUCUCUGAUGAAUCCAUGGCUAAGAUUCUAUCCGGCUGUCCGAUUCUCGAAUACUUAAGAUUGUACCACUGCAGUAGACUAAAGGUUCUUGAUCUCAGCAAAUCCCUACGUCUGAAAACGUUGGAAGUAAACCGUAACUUGAAGACACGGGGGCCAAGGCAGAUUGUGGCACCACACAUCCACUGUCUCAGAUUGUUAGACUCUAUGAGGUCAUGUACUUUGGUUGAUGUCGCUUCUCUAACCGAAGCUAAGUUGGAUAUUUGCUAUGUCCCAACUAAUAAGCCUUUCUUCGAGUUUACCAAACCUGGUUUUCUCCAACUCCAAGUCAAGGUGCUAGAGAUGCUAGAGAAGUUACAAAACGCAGAGAAGCUUACGUUUGGGAGCAACUUUAUUCAG